AUGAACAACGAAGGAUUUUUCAAAUGGACAGACUCGUCGCCGUUCACUUAUUCCAACUGGUACCAAGGACACAUACACCAACCGUACAGUGGUCCGAAUUCAAAACAGCCUAACGACGACGGACUUAGUAGACAGGACUGUGUCGAACUCAGACAAGUGUACAGGCCCCAAAACCGGUUGCUCAAGUACUUUAAUCGAAAUUCGUCCUACACUUGGAACGACCGCGAUUGCUCUGUGAAAAAUCGAUUUCUAUGCCAAACGCAACAGCACACCUCUUUAAACGAUUAUGAUCCGGACGAAUCGAGUUGUAAUGUUACGAUGAAACUAACCAGCGAGAUGAGAUUCGCCUCAGUCUCGAGCCCAGGUUUUCCACAACCUUAUCCUGACAACCAAGAUUGCACUUUCAGCGUAGAAGUGCCUAGGGGUUAUCAGAUCGAAGUUGAAUUCGAAGAACUCAUGUUGGAAAACGAAUCGACUUGCAGUUACGAUUACGUUGAAUUAAUUCCCGGUGACGACGACGAGGGCCCUAAACACUGUGGUGACAAGAGCGACAUACUCAAACUAACUAGGUUUGUCACGAAGAGGCCCAAGUUGAGGAUACAUUUUGUAUCCGAUUAUUCGCACGCGUUCAGCGGCUUCAAGGCUCGAGUAUCCGCCGAACACGUCAACAACGAGUGUGACGACGCGAGACAGCAAAUGUUCAAUGGGUCGUGUUAUUUGUUUGCCAGUUACCCGGAAGUGUCUUGGCACACCGCCAGGAGUAUCUGCAACGGAAUCAAAGCGGAAUUGACGAGCGUUCAUAAUGCCGAGGAAGAACAGUUCGUAGAAUCUUUUAUCCGGGAGUCGACGGACAGCAGAUCAGCGAUUUAUUGGUUGGGCGGAGCGUGGAAUGACAAAUCCUGGUACUGGGUGGACAACUCGACAGAAACGUUUUCAGCUUGGUUGGCGACCGACGCCGCGAACGCAUUGCCGUACAAGGAUAUCUGUCUCGCGAUUAGUUGGCUAUCAUCGCCACCUGUUAAUCUACCCAGAGGCCUUUACUGGACAGCCAACGACUGCAACACGGUUGGAGGGUAUAUAUGUAAAAAAAAUCAAACAAAAUUAUCGGAUCAUUACAAUUUAAACACCACAAUGACGGGCGUAAAAGGGAUAAUAACGUCGUUAAAUUAUCCGGCCAACUAUUAUCACAACUUGGACUAUUGGAUACACGUGGUCGGUCCGUACCAGUCGCGCAUCGUUUUCCAGUUCGAUUCCAUAAACAUCGAACCUCAAGCCGAUUGCCUUUACGAUUUCGUAGCCGUGGUGGAACCGAAAGAACGUGAAAACCGAACAAUGACGGUUUGCGGUUACCGCGGAAAUCAUCUGGAAGAUUACAUCUUCGUUACCGAUUUGAAUGAGGCGUACGUGCACUUCCAUUCCGACUACUCCGUGUCCAGUUCGGGUUUUCAUCUCCAGUGGAACACCGUCGACAUGUCCGGUUGUCCGUCGCAAACACUGUCCGCCCUCGAAGGCCAAGUCGUCAGCCCGAACUAUCCUAACUUCAUACUUCCAAAUCUCAACUGCGUCACCAUGAUACUGGCACCGGUCGGCCACCGUAUAUGGAUCGAUUUCGUCGACUACAACUUGGACGAAUCACAAACGGUCAAGUUGUAUCUGUCGAGAACUGCGGACAAUAUAACUCCGUUCAAAUAUCGGAACUCGAUCAACGACGGUGCGUUUUUGUCGGAAGGCGAGAGCGUCAACAUCGAAUACUCAACGAACCGCUUGCCCAGGGGGAGGGGUUUCAAAAUAGUGUACAAAAUGGUGGUGGACUUUGACGAAGAACGAGCGAUCGUGCUGCAGAAUGACACGUCCGGAUUCAUGUACAGGUUAAAUUAUCCGUUACCUAUGCACUUUCCCAAAUUGCGGUACAAACAGAGGCUGUUGGCUUCGGUCGGACAGAAUAUCCAAUUGCAGUUCCACCGCGUGGUGCCGGCGCAAAUGGACACCGCGUUGGGCCGUACCGUAUGUCCGGGUCAGCAGUCGACGACCGUCAUCGAAAUCCACGAUCAUUACGCCGCUGAGAACGGCACGUGGUGGCUGCUGUGUGAAAACGUUGAACAGCCAAAAUCCGUGCCGAUAUCGAUCACUUCGUUUCUCAACUCUAUGUCCGUAGUCGUCGUGUACGGUCAGAAACCAGCGAUGGAUAUAGUAUCCGCAAACAUUUCAGUGAACGUCAAACCCGACGCUGAAUCCAAAAAGAAACUUGUCGCCUUGGCAAAGAUUCCGGAAACGGCCAACAACAGUAGAAUCGAGUCUUGCAAGCCCAACCCUUGCGUCAACGGUGGCACGUGCGUCAUCCGGAAAGCCACGCACACUUAUCACUGCAAAUGUCACGGCAACUAUACCGGAACGUUCUGUUCGCUCACCUACUGCGAUCUGGGCUAUUGCGUUUUUGGCGAAUGCAUUUUGGCCGGCAGCAAUGGAUUCGAGUGCAAAUGCCAGUACGGGUACAUGGGACGGUUUUGCGACGAAAAGAUCAAACCAUGCGAGCUGAACCCUUGUAAGGACCGUGGCGAUUGUGUGUCGUUGGGCGAUUCCGACUACCAGUGCAGGUGUUACGCAUACUGGACGGGUGAUCAGUGCGAGAGGAAAAUGCUGCACAUCACGUACAAGCCGUUAACGGAACGAAUGCUUCAGGAACCAUUUUGGCUGGGUCUACUCACCGUGUUCGUGGUCAUGGGCAUACUGGGAAUAAUAUGGUGUGCUAAACGGCACGUGCCCGAAAAAAUCGAGAAAAUAUUAUCCGAAGAAGCCGAACGCAGUAGACACUUUACAGUGAAUGCUUCCGGCCGGAUGUCGAGCGUACGGGGCGAACUCCUGGUGCCGACUGUGAAGACGAACGGAGCGACGCCGUCGGAAGGUGGUAACUCGCCGCCGCCGCAGCCGAAAACGUUCCUCAGACGAUUGGGUAUACGAAAACCUUCAUUAAUGAGCCUCACCAGUCCGUUACAGACGGGCCGGACGGCCCGUACGUUCAGCCUGGACGAUUUGCUCAGGCCACAAGUUCCGAGAUUCAAUCAAUACCGCGCCAAGCAAAAAAGCGCAUCACCGUCGAAAUUUCGUACCACUAUAGCCGAUAAAUCGGAAAUACUUCAACAGCUCAUAUCACCCGGACUCGAACGACAAGCCAGUUUCAACGACGAAAUCAACCUGGUAGACAAGCUAUCGACCAAUAACAUCGGCCCCAACGACAUUGUCUUACCACAGUCGAAUAUUUCGCAAGAAACGAGUUUUUCAAACGACUGUUCCAUAGACGAAGCUGUUCAAAAAAUUGAGAAGAAAGUCACGUUUGCCAGGCUGAUGAAUAAAUUUCAAUCGGAAAUGAGCUCUACGAGUUCAGAGAUAGACCACUCUAAGCGAAAUUUGAGAAGACCCUGUCCCAACCAAGGCAGUGAUUCUACGUCCAGUCUGGAAUGUGCAUUAGAGAACCGAAACCCAAAUACAUUAUCGCUAAACCAAUACCAACAACAAACGGGCCAAAAAGCCAUGAGUGCAGAUUCAAUUUUGGCUAUGUUUCGAAAUUUCAACACGGCAAUGGCGAUGACAGAAAUGAGUAAUUACUUAUCGGCAUCCACGACACCAAGUUGUUCCAGUUUGCAAGACGAAAUCGUGGGCAGCGAAGACGAGUCGUUGAUGUCAAAUAAUGCUCAUUCACCGGGUAAUGGCAAAGAAUCCCCCACGCGGUAUCGUUACUCCAACGUGAUUCAACUACCGGUAGUGGACAUGUUAAGCUCGCAACGGAACAAUUCAAACAAUCCAUUGAACAGCCUGCAACAUCCUCCGUCUAUACUACUCGAAGUGCCCAACUAUCGUAUGGAUUGUUUGUCGCCGAUACAUGAGCUACCGACACCGGCGCCAUCACCAUCUCCCACACCCAUCAUAUCGAGGAAGUCAGCAUUCAGUUGUCUGAAAGACAUGGACAACUUUCAGCAGCAGAAGGAACCACCUUCUCUCAAAGUACCAACUGAACCACCAACAGUCCAAGCUGAGCAGCUGACUAUACCCAUGCUAGUGAUUCAACAACCGACACCCAUCAAUUCACCAAGUAUGGAGUUCCCCGGGUCUCCACCGCCCCACAAAGAGAAACCACUCAACCGGAAGAUGUUGAAAGACAUGGAGAAGCCGAUAUCGCUGGAUCUGCCUGCGCCACCGCCGGUCAUCACAGUUACGUGUAUGAGCGAUUCAGAUACGGAGUCUGUGACCACGAAAAACGGUACGGACUCGUCAAAAAACGGAGGAGGCAUGUGUUACCUUAGUCCAUUUUCUAUGUGUUCCCGGGCCGACAGAAUAGCCUCGGAGUCGAACCUCAGCUCGUCUGGGUACAGUUCGGGCCCAUCCCGGUGCAACUCGAACACCCGGCUGUGCCCAUUGGACUGCGGCGAAGAACCAAGGCGCAUAUCACCGCUGAUCCACACGCCCGAGAUCAGGGAAAUGGACUCGGAGACGACGUUCUCCGAAAACGACGACGAGGGCUUCGACACAGAAACGGCAGACCCAAAGAUGGGCCACCGAACGAAACACCACUACCGGAACGCAGAACUUGAAUCGGAAACCCUGAAGCCUGGUGUGACCACCACUGGUCUCAAGGCUUACACUUCUGGCUCAGAGCCGGAAGCGCUUGGUCGUCACCUGCAGCAGCAGCAGCAGCAGCAGCCGGUGCCGUCAAUCACGGUUCAACAGUAUCCGUCGACACUGCACCUGUCCACGGACAUGUUGUACGAGAAGAGCCCGGUGAGUUCGAGGAGUGAAAGCCCGCUUAGUGACAAGACGGUGUUCAGGUUCUCACCCAUGUUCUACGGCCGCAUCACCGACUCGGACAGUAUAUACGACUUUACGAGUUCGGAUUGCGCGAUGAAGAAGCGGACGGGCAAGAAGAGAGAGCGAAAGAAGAGACACUUCGGCGGUGGCGGUGGGGUAUUCGGGGGAUCCACGUGCACAACUCCGUCGGAGCCGUUGCCAUCCAACAACAGCGUUCUGCUGUUGGACGUGCCUGGGAGGAACGAUAGAAAAAAGUCCCGAUCCAAACCGAAUACUAGGAGACGAUCUCGAUCUCAGCAGACGAUAGUACCUAGCUCUUCGUCGUCUACCGACAGCCUAAACGACACAUCUAAGGUUAGUUACGGCAAUAGGCACAGACGUUCCAACGAUUCGGUGAAGAGAAAUCUUUCGUCGGAAAAUUGGUCGGAUCGCGGUAAGAGCGGCGAGGACAAGAAAACCGUUAAGAGAAAAACCAAGAGUAAUCGCACUGAAAACCGGAGACUGAGAUUUCAAAACAAGACGGUCAGCGAUCAAGGACAUUGCGAAUCCACACACGACGAAGAGAACGUUACAAACUUUGCGUCACUGCCAUCUUUGCUGUCCAUCGAUAUCCACGGGGCAACAGUUCCUGCGGCCGAGACGUCCGCCAUCGCGAGGAAAAAGUGCAGAUUCGCAUCGGCGAGAUUUCAAAAAAGGGUCAUCGCUUCCGAUUAA